AUGCUCAGGGUGACAAGAUCACGCUUCUCGCCACAGCAUGUGCAUAUAUUUCUGGCAACAAUUCUGAAGAACGUUUGGCUAGGAUUUUGUGCGACCCUGGGUCACAAAAGCAGCUAUGAUGUAUCGGUCGAGGGUAUUGGUGCAUUACCCUAUACACGCACCAACGGCAUGGUGACAGUUACACUCAAAUCAACACAUUCGCAAUUUUCUUUGUCAAUUCAUCUAUUGGUUAUCAAAUCUAUUACUUCCGUGCUUCCUACAGCGCAUAUCUACGGAAGUCAAUACAAACACUUGGGUGGUCUGCAAAUGGCAGAUCCACAUUUUGGCACUCCGGGAAGCAUUGACAUUCUCCUAGGAGCUGACAUCUGGGGUCUCAUUUUGGUGGGAGACACUAUUAAGGGUGGUCACAACGAGCCACACGCACAACUAACAAAUUUGGGUUGGGUUAUUUUUGGGCCAGCAACGGCAUCUUCGACAAAUAAUUCAGACAUGCGCUCAUACAGCGCUCAACUUUUAGAACAAUCUCGUUUGGAUGAGAUUGUAAGCAGCUUUUGGAAGCUAGAUGAGGGAUCGGAUGUCGACGAUAUUACUGAUGAGGAAUGUGAGCGAAUCUUCACAGCGACUCACUCACGAACUUCAGAAGGGCGUUAUAUGGUGCGCUUACUAAUGAAGCCUAACGCCCCACCGUUAGGCGACUCAUAUUGUAGUGCCUUAAGACAGUUCUACCGUUUGGAGCGUCGACUGGCCUCCGAUACUCAGUUACGUAACAAAUAUACAGCCUUCAUGAGGGAGUACAUCGAUCUAGGGCAUAUGGAGGCCUUAGAUAUAUGCAAUGAUAGCCAUCACACAUACUACAUACCGCAUCAUGCUGUGUUGGACAAGUUUCGAGUAGUCUUUAAUGCGUCAGCGCCAACGUCAAACGGUGUUUCACUUAAUGAUGUGCAGCUCGUAGGUCCAACUAUUCAACAUUCGUUAACCGAUAUUAUUUAUCGUUUUCGAAGAUACGCGAUUGCUCUAACAGCUGACGUGGAAAAAAUGUUUCGACAGAUUUUAGUGUCACCGGAAGAUAGAGAUCUUCAACGCAUCUUAUGGCGAGAAUCACCAAACGACGAAGUUAAAACAUAUCAGCUUACGACGGUAACAUAUGGUAUGGCGUGUAGCCCAUAUAAUGCAGUACGAGCACUACAGCAGUGUGUAGUCGAUAACUAUAUAUUGGUGAAUGACCAGAGUCGAGCUGAGUCGGCGCGCACCGCCAUUCUUUCUUCUUUUUAUGUGGACGACUUCCUCACAAGCUGUACUGACAUUGGUGAAACAGUCACUUUAGCCAAUGAUGUUUCUAGCAUUCUAUCGACUGGCUGUUUCAAACUUCGGAAAUGGAAUUCGAACAGAGCCGCUGUUCUGGUCCAGAUUGGGGAGCCAGAUUCUCUGCGCGAAUGCAAUAUUGAUGCCCCCAUAGCUACAGUGCUAGGGCUACGUUGGGACCCGGUUAGUGAUGAGUUAUUGUUCAGGGUAUCGCAGAAGCAUUAUGAUGGAAUGCCGACAAAGCGGCGAGUUCUCAAUGUAGCCCAAUUGUAUGACCCCACUGGAUUUCUGGCACCUGUUAUUAUUUCGGGCAAGGUAUUUAUACAGACUCUUUGGUCCGCUGGUGUAUCAUGGGAUACUCCACUACCUAAAGAUCUGUGCCAUAUUUGGUCUAAAUUUCGAGGUGAUUUGUGUACCCUCGAUAAGGUUCGCGUACCCCGAUGGCUGGGUAUGAAUGCAAUUAAUCGUACAACUCUCUAUGGAUUUUGUGAUGCUAGUCAGAAGGCUUACGCUGCGGUGGUUUAUGCGCGCACAAUCAACAACGAUGACAAUGCACAUGUAUCUUUGCUCACCGCACGUACUAAGGUUGCGCCGUUGAAUGGCGCCACAAUUCCCCGAUUGGAGCUAAGUGGAGCCCUUCUAUUAGCGAAGACAAUUCGGAAUGUUUGCAGAGCGUUAAGUUUGGAGGAAGCCUCUGUACACUUAUUCACGGACUCCAGUAUAGUCUUGUGUUGGCUACGCAAACAGCCAAUGUUUUUAAAACCAUAUGUCGCCAACAGGGUUCGACAAAUACAACAAUUGACGUCUACCGAUUGCUGGCAUUAUGUACGUUCGGCACAAAAUCCAGCUGAUUGCGCCAGCCGUGGUGUGACCCCAUCAGAGUUGUUGAGCCACAAUUUAUGGUGGGAGGGUCCAGAUUGGUUACGUCAGAAGGAAACAACAUUUAGCCAUGUACCAGAGUUAGGAGCAGACGAACAGGUUGCAGCUCAGAGCGAGGAGAGGGUCAGAGUUGUAUCCUUCGCAUCUUCAAUCCGAUUCCAGCUCACCACCCGACGCAUCGAUGGACAACAUAUUCCACUUGCACAACGGUUUAGUUCCAUCAAACGACUAAUCAGAACUACAGCUAUCGUCCUUCGCUGGUUACCGAGGCAUCGUCUUCUUCGGCAGCAUAUUGUGACAACACCAGAGAUGGACAGCGCGCUUGAAUUGCUCCUACGUAUUGAUCAAGCAUCCGCAUUUCCUCGGGACAUACACUGUCUACGCGAAGGAACCAGUUUACCGAACUCUAGUCCUUUGCUACAAUUUAAUCCAUACUUGGAUGACCAUGGAAUAAUAAGGGUUGGUGGUCGCAUUACCAACUCUGCAUUGAUAGAAGAACAUCGCCAUCCGAUUAUACUACCUAAGGUCAGCGAUUUGGUUAGGUUGGUUGUACAUCAAAUUCAUAUCGAUACUCUUCACGGUGGUACCCAGUUAAUGCUACAGACUCUACGCUAUCGUUAUUGGAUACUUAAUGGCAGACAAGUUGUACGUAGCAUGAUACAUAAAUGUGUGAUUUGCAGAAGACAUCGUGGAGUCACCAUUACUCAACAGAUGGCCUCAUUACCACGACAACGGGUCAGCGUAUCUCGGCCAUUUCUAGCGUCAGGUGUAGACUACUGCGGUCCUUUCACGUUACGCAUUGGCAAUCAACGAUCUCGGACUACAGUGAAGACUUAUUUGGCAGUUUUCGUCUGCAUGGCUGUCAAAGCUGUGCACAUGGAGUUGGUAGAUGACCUGUCAUCAAUGGCCUUUAUAGACGCUUUUACACGUUUCGUUAGCAGACGCGGUCCGUGUCGCGACUUAUACAGCGAUAAUGCUACAACCUUUGUUGGAGCUAAUCGAAUAAUGCAAGAGGAUUUAGCCGCUUGGCACAGCGACCAAAAUCGACAAUAUCUUGCCAACACGGGGACGCGUUGGCACUUUAUUACUCCUAGUGCCCCCCAUCAAGGUGGAUUGUGGGAGGCUGCGGUAAAGUCCGCAAAACGACAUUUAGUACGCGUCAUUGGUAGUCAAGCUAUGUGGCAUUCGCAACUGCAGACACUAGCGGCACGAAUUGAAGCCUGCCUGAAUUCGCGCCCGCUUAUACCGCUUAAUGACGACCCUGAAGACAAAUACGCUUUAACACCUGGAGACUUCUUGAUUGGCGCCCCACUUAUCGCAGUACCUGAACCUACUGUAGCGGAAAUUCCAGCUAAUCGUCUCAAACAUUGGCAGUGGUUACGGCGCAUUCAUCAACAGUUCUGGCAUCGGUGGAGUGAAGAAUACUUGGCAACUCUACAAUCACACCAUAAAUGGCAGAGGCGUGUUGACAACGUUCGUGUUGGUGACAUCGUACUAGUUAGACAUGAGAAUCUACCCCCAACACAUUGGCGAUUGGGUCGUAUAACGGAGGUUCAUCAUGGCAGUGACGGCCUAGUACGAAACGCAACAUUGACCACAUCUUAUGGGAUGUGCACCCGGGCAGUGCAGAAACUGUGUCUACUUUUACAACCCGAUGAUUUCGAAGCAGAGCAUUCGACCGGGCAGGAUGUAUAA